AAUUACAAUCCUUCCUUUCUUCUUCUCUCUCUCAAAACAAUGCUGCAAGGCAUCAUCGUAAUGGAGAAGCCAGGCACCCAAACUCCUGUCAAGUGCAAGCCUUUGACCACGUUCGUCCAAACCGACACGACCGCGUUUCGAGAGAUCGUGCAACGUCUAACCGGGCCAUCGGAAAGCUACACGCUGCCAUCGUCGAAGGCCGCGGGAUCAAAGAGGCCGACCUCAACAUCCAAACUGCAUGAAAGGAGGCAUUUGACAAGACCAAAGCUACAAAUUGUGAAACCAUCUCUUUCCCAUUUCAAGCCUCCUAGCUUCAUUACGAGCCCGGUCGGGACACCACCGAGAGCUGAUCAUCCUAGCUUCAUUACGAGCCCUGUCGGGACACCGUCGAAGAUCAUGUCGAAGCUGUCGAUCGGGGUCGGGGAGAAGGAGCUGAACAGCAUUGAAGAAGAGAAGGCAACGAGAGAGAAGAGAUUUUAUUUGCAUCCAUCUCCAAGGUCCAUGCAUGGGUCUGCCCAACCAGAGUUGCUUUCUUUAUUUCCUUUGGAAUCUCCUACAAAAACAAGUCAGAAACCAUGA